AUGUACGAACUCGAUUCUUUUCCCACGCCGAGACGAACUUCCUUGCCGUCGAUGGAUAAUUCGACCAGGGUUUUGCUGGAAGACACCGAGAUACGCCAGUUUACAACGGGGCGUGACAGUUAUUCAGCAAGCCCUGCUCGCCAUUCAUCUGAGGUCGAAAGCCUCCGGGCUCCAAGCCUGCAAACUGUGGUCGCUUUGCUUGCCACGAUUACGAGGUCUAUGAUCGGGCAGGUCCUCGAGUCAGUCCUAGGCCAGCUCAAAUGGAGAUGGUAUCGGUCCUCAGCACAUCCACUUUAUCAUUUGAAACUUUACGACGGAGCUAGUCAUGGCGUUUGGGGAUCCAUUCAGUUCAAUUUUUGGUUGUUCGGUCUCAACCUUGCGAAUAUUGGUGCAAUCAUAACAACCCUUUCCCUAGGAAUAGGAGUCUUCACCCAGCAAUCCCUCCAGACCACGCCCUGCUUAAAGGAAAUAGAGAAUGGCAAAGCCUCCAUGGCUUUUGCACAAACCAGCUUGACGGCGCUUGUGGAGCUAGGAGACACAUUUGCACUCGCGCCUUGGGGCCUUGCCGUGGAGUUGAGGGCGGCCUUCAUUACUGGGCUAUCUGCGUCACGGCCAAACAACACGCUUUCACCUGUCUGUAGUUCUGGCAAUUGUACCUUCCCAACUACGAACAAAAUAUCUUAUGCCACAGUUGGUUUCAGCAGCGCCUGCGUGGAUAUGUCUUCUAUGUUGAGUCAAUCAGGCCCACUUUCUUGGGAUCCCACUGAUCUUUCCUGGGACCCCGCUGACCCCAUGGCCGUCACAGGAAGAUCAAUUAACUACAGCUUAUCCUCUGAACUCACCCUGACCUACCAUCUCUCGCCAACUUAUUGGAGCAUGUCCAGAAAUGGCGGUCGUUGGGAGACCAUGCUGGCCAUGUCCACGCUGAACAGCUACGGGAACUUGGCACAACGAGCGCUGAACCAAAGCCUGCUAAACAACACUCUCAAAGAAACUCCUUGGCAAGCGAUAGGAUUACUUGUGCCAACUACAAGCCCAUGCCAGGACCGUGGAAUGUACCAAAAGUACCUCGAGAACCAGGAAGACAUGGCGAUGCCUCCGGUGAACACAAGUUCGUGCCCUCAACUCAACAUGCCGAAUGUGACAAGCUUCCCGGGAUUCUUCGCGGUGACAGCUGCUGUCUGCUUUAGCUAUCCCUCGCUACGGAAAUUGAAUGGCUCGAUUGUUAGUGGAGAAGUCCUUGAAAGCCUUGUGUCUGACCCGAUCCCAUUGCGAUAUGCUAAGUUUUCCAUCGGAAACACUACCGGCUGGGUUGGCGAGGUUUUGGACCCCUGUGUGAUUGAUGGUGUCUUUUACACAAGCGCAAACUACUCCUUCGCCCCUGGAGGACUGUUUGAUAUCCGAGGACAUGUCGCUCCACAACGCUGCAUCUACGGCUUCCACGACGGCUGGGCGUCGGCUUUGACCUCGGCGGGGAGGUUGGAGAAGAUCAUGAUUGGCGAUACUGACUCCUCAACGGUGAAGAGCGACUGCUCCCCAUACUUGGGCUAUAGCGCGAUGAUGUGCACUGAGGCAUGGUGGCUAAGUGCGAUAUACAAUGGCGGUCACGCUUCUAUAGAGAGCAUUCGAAACUACAUGGAUAGCGCCUUCAAUAGCCUCAACGGUCAGCUACGUAUGCUGGGGACAGACUGGAACGGCAACCCGACGAACGUGUCGGGCACGGAGUACAGCACUAAGGUCUGUGUGCAGUUCCGCGCUGCGUGGCUGAUAUUUCCACUCUGCCUAGUCAUGGGCACCCUCGCGCUUCUCAUCGCCAUGGUGGUUUCAGGUUUCGCACAAGGGCAGAAAGAGAUCAUCUGGAAGUCGUCGAUCCUUCCACAUUUGUUCUACGGAGUGGAAGAUCAGUAUGCGAAUGUGAACUCCGAAAUUGCAGAUGUUGAGGAGCUAGAAAGAGCGGCUCAGAACAUGAAGGCCGAUUUCAGUGUUGCAGACCGCGGCUAUAGGUUCCGCGUGAUCAGCAGUAAGGAGUGA